AUGCCCUCGACCACUCCCGCAUCCACGUCAAAUGCUGGCUCGGCCCGGCCUAACAACAUCCCGCAGCAUGCUUCAUCCUCGAACCUCGACAACUCUCAUCCCGAGCACGGUUUGCGCUUCGUCGCCAAUCAUCAUCGCCAGCACAACCCACACGACCCCAAACUCAGAGCGACUCCCGUCUUCAAGUCCCGUCGCUCCUCGCUCCUAGGUUCUGUGCUCAAGUCCAAACCCAGAUCCUCGGCUCGCGUCUCUGCAGCUGCCUCGCCGCAUCUGCGCAGCUUGAGCGCCCAGUCCCACCACCAUCACCAACACUCUCAGUCCUUACCCACAUCCAUCCGUCCAACCCGCCUCGACUCCGACGGGCGCCGUCACACAUCCUUGCUCACAUCAUCCUCGCAAGUCCAGCAUCCUCUCGUAGCCCACUCGUCGCCUGACGCCGCCGGUCCCAGCCAAACCAGGCCGCCAGACUUGCAUCUCGCCGAUUCGCCUCCCGUGGCUUCGCUACCUUCCCCCGUAGACCAGCCCGACGGUUCCGCAUCCACCUGCUCAUCCACGAAUGCCAAGGACCUCGAUCUGGCUACGCAUGCUUGUUCGCAAGGCUCCCCGCCUCUCGUCGACGUAGUGGACGCCUCAUCCAUGUCCGUGCCCGCCGCCCGGCCCUCUUCCACCAAUCUUGACCGCGAGUCUCAGGCCGGUGCCUCACUCUCCCAUCUAUCUACACCCUUUGCUGCCACACCGUCCCCGAUUCGUCCUUGCUCAUCAUCGCGAGAGCACGGGCUUACCCCUUCGUCGAGCUCCAACGUCGCUGCCCCUUCUGCUUCGGCGGCAUUAGCGACACAUCCUAGCCCUCUGCCUGUCAUCACGCACACCGACUUCGCCGCCGCCGAUGACGCACUACGCGGUGCUUCGCCUGUCGCUCAAACCACUGCCCAAGACAAAGCGCGCAUGUUGUUGUCCAGCUGUUCGCCGUCUGGUUCGGACCCUUCGGCGCCAGCAAAUGACAUCAGUGUUCUUGCAGAAAGCUCCAGACCAUCCGUGCAGACGAUAUACGAUUCGACAUCUCUCGCCGUCACCUCUCCGCAACGCUUUUCGAGUCUUGGGCGCGGUCACACUUCCAAUACGUCCAAGCCUUCUCUCGCGCCCAUUUCCACUACGGUACCUCGUGCCCGUGCACGUGCUCGCGACAUCAAUGACGAGCUCGAAUCGCCGACCUCGCGCGAAACAGUCGGUGCGCGCGCAGAGCGUCGCAUGAGCAUGCUCGACUUCCUCGCCGCUCCCUCAGAAUCCGACGCUUCGCCUCGACUGCCUCAAGCUAGUGUUUCGGCUGAGGACCUUCCGCGCUCUGCGCAGCUGGAGAAGCCAGCCUCUGCCGUGGCGCGUCCAUCGAUGCCUCUGAUGCAAGCCAGUCGCCAGCUCAGACUUGAGGCGGCGGCGGCCCGGUCCAGGAUGCUUCAACCCAAGAGGAUAGAUCUCUGCAGCAACAUCCGCCUCGCAGUGGAACCGCUUGUCGACAGGCUCACCAUGUUUGGCUCCAUGCAAUCGGGCUCCAACUAUUCGCUCGCAGGCACCGUCGUCGUCGAGGUGCCCAAACUCAUCGUGCCGCGCCUCUCGUCCGCUGCCGCUGUUGCGCGUGACGGCGACACCACGGAUCAACCCUCUGUGCAUGUCGAAGAGCUCACCGUGCGCUUCACUGGAUAUUCCGUCUACGUCGAUGCCACGGGCAGAUUCAACGCCAUCAAAGUCACCGAGUCGUCGCAGCAGCUCCUCCAGCCUCAAGGCUUCUCGUGCCCGGUGCAGAUCGUCGAGACUGGCGACCGAACCGCAUCUCUUGGGGCGACGGCCAGCUGCGCAGAGCAAGAGGCCCUCAAAUACGAGACCGAAUUCGAUCUCUCCAUUCCCGGCUGGCUGCCGGCAUCGCAGCGCUCGCGGUUUGGCGCCACUUUCUACUGCGUACAGGCGAUCGCCAUCGUCCAAGGCCAGGCCGUGCUUUCGGCUGUCUCCGGCUUCGACGAUGACGCAGGCGACGAUCCGUUUGGUCAGUACUCCUUGGUCCAUAUGGCUCGAUCUCUCGAGUCGGAAGUGGCAGACACCGGCCAUUCUGCUACAAACGAUGGCGCUCCUUCGCCGACGACCACUCUUGGACGCACCAAGACCAAAAAGACGUGGCUCAACAAGACCGCCAAACAGUUGCAGCUCAGGACAGCCAGAAAGUCGACUGGACCCGAGGCGGAGAGCGGCUCCCACUCCAACAGCCGUCGCGGAUCUGGAACCAAGGAUGUGCUCCCGAUCCUGGAUGCAGAGGACCCGCUCUUCAGCAAAACCACGGAAGCUGGCAACCAGUGCUUGCCCGACGGACGCCAUUCGAUCAAAAGCGAGUGCCUUAGCAUCUUGGUCAGACGGUGCAGGGAUGUCGUCCCUGUGCCCGUCGCUCGACUUGUCAGGCUGGCGACAGCGAGUCAAGUUCUGCGCGACACGGUCGAACAACCUUCACUCUCACAAAGCAUGGCCGCACUUGCCAGACUGCAGGACAGCCUCGAUCUCGCUUCGGAAAGCACGCCGCCACAGCUCCGUAGCGAUGCGGGACGGCCCCACAUGACACCGUCAGCAUCGGCGCCCGCCUUGUCGCAAACGACCUCGCCCUCAUCGGAUCCCGCUUCUGGUCCACCCGCCGGCGCUACCGCUCCGGCAGCGCUGGCUCCGUCACCGCGGAUCGACACGCAUCCGAAUACCCUGGCGUCGGACCCACUCAGAGCGGACGAUGCGCAAAGCGAGCCGGGCAUGAUCAUGCCGCGCGCUCCGAGUGCGUUUGAUUCGCCUCGGGAUCCCGCCAAAUUGGCCGCGGUCGCGUCGGCGUUGACUGCGUCGGCCACGCUGCCCACUCUGCCAAGCUCGAUGAGCCGCGCUUCGUCGUUGUUGGACUCUCGAUUCGGAAACGCCAACUCGCCUCCGCGCACCUCGUCGCGCGCAGUGCCCACCAGUCGAUCCUCGGCGCCGCUGCGACACUUUGUCCAUCGCCCGACCCUGCACUUGCCGCCGCAGCUUGGCAUCGCGCCGGACUCGAGCAGCGGCCUGACCUUUUCCUUGACGCUCUCUCUCCCUUCGCACGUCCACGUCUCGGGACCCAAGAGCGACGUGCUCAGCUUUGGCGUCCAGAUCGAAGUGGGUCGCACCGAGGGGUGGGAUGCGUUGAGAAAGUGGGGCGGCCUGCGCCUCAAGGACAUGGAGCUCGUCUGUCUGCAGACGGAGCGGCACAGCUCGAUGCCCUCUCGCUCCUUCUGCGCCACCUUUCCCGUACCUCCGCAGCCGAACAACGUCGACGCGGCUGAUCUGCCGGUCGUCACCGGUGCCAAAAAGAGGCGGUCCGACCCAGCGGGCACGACGGAUGCGCAGGUGGCAGCGGAACGACGGUUGCGACAGAGCUACGACCGAUCGCUGCUUCUCGGCCACAUCGCGCUCGCCAACCAAGGCAAAGCUCCUCAUCCCAUCGAGAACAACGUCGAACGCAUCCGUACCACGAUUGUCGGCCCGCCUCCUUUUACUCCGAAACGUCGGGGACACGAGGGCUCGGAGGCAGCGGACGCCUCGCGGAAGGGAAAGUACAGGGCGGGCAGCAAUUUCGUAGAGUCUGCCCGGAGUGCGUCGCGUCCCAGCCCAGCAGGAUCAGGUGCCAACACGCCCGAUGGCACUUCGCAGAGCGCGGGGAUCAGCAGCCUGAGGGCCGCUUUCGCACCCGCUGCUCAGGUGACCGCAGGGUCACGUUCGAGCGUGAUGCAGCCUUUGCCGCGUGCACUGACUCGAUCCACCAGCUCGAGCAGCUCAUCGUUGCGGCAGGCAUUCAAUGGCAGCCACGGCUCUGCCACCCGUCAGAGCAGCUCGCCCCCGGCAGGGCCAGCGGAUGGCUCCUCGCCUACGGCGCCUGCUGGACGGAGCAGACGACCGAUCCCGUUCGACAUCGGCGCGGCCGCUGCAGAGGAAGCGAGCCGCCAUGGACUGUCGCAAGAGCUGUCGUCAGGCACGGCGUCUUCUGCAGAAGCAGCGGCCUCGCAAACGGGUGCUCCGGCGCUUCGAGACACGGUGCACCGUGCGGACUCGGACGCGCAGAUGCCAGACUCUCAACGUGGUGAUGUCCUUGUCGGCGUGAGCUCGAGCGUAUCCACCGGAGGAGGCGCUCGAACAGCGCGAGGACCGCGAAGGAGCCGCUUCGAGACGGCCAUGAGCCGCCUUUCGACAUUUGCAAGUUCCAUGCUGGAGCAGCCGAGCGAGACGUCGGCCGCCGGGUCGAACGCCGAGGUUCGAGGCAGUACAAGCGCGAACGCGACGACGAGCGGUACAGGAACGGCCGCAGCCGCCAGCCUUCGCGCUACGUAUGCAUUUUCUGGUGACGACGCCGAAGGGGUGGAUCUGACGAAAGGUCGCGUUCGAAUGACGAUCAACUUGCCAUUGGUAGCGAGCGACGUGGAAGCAGCGCGCAAGGCCGGCAGCGCUCAACUGAUCCCGGAUUUUGAGAGUCCGUACGUCCGCGUUCGUCACAAGCUCAAGGUGAAGCUCGGAUUCGGACUCAAAUCGAACGUCGCGACGGGACAGGAUGGCGAGGAGUGGGGUCAGGUGCUGGUCAUGUGCGUGCCGGUGCGUUUCACCGAGGCGCCGCCGAAGGAGGUGCAGGAUCAGUUUGGCCCGGUCACGAUCGGGUCUGCGACGCCGUCUCCCACGAACAACAGCAGAGCGACACGGGCGGACGGGACAGAGUCAGAGGCAGCUGCCGCGGCGGGGGCUCCGCAAAACGGCGGUGCACUGCCUGUGCCUUUCGCCGAACCGCUGCUGCCUGCGUAUGCCCAGCUGUUCCGCGAAGACGGCUCGCGGCUCGCCGACGAAGGGGAGGAUCUUCCACGAUAUCCGGGCAGAAUGUCGGUGAUCGGCGAGAUCGACGAAGAGUCGGUUCCUGCUACAAAUGCGCAGGACAGCCAGGAAGGUGGUCCGGAGACGAGCGCAGGUGCGCUGCUGGACGACGAGGGAGUGGAAGGCGAGGCAGCCGACGUGAGCGGUGACAAAGUCUCGAUGGCGAAAACGGGCGGCGCGGGCCUGCCUCGAUCUGGAACGAUGACGCUGCCGAGGACCUCGAGUCUAGGUUGCAUGGCUGCGUCGAUGGACCGAGCCACGAGUCUGCCAGGUCGGCAGGUGCUGACGCGAGCCUCGUCGUCCAGCCUGUUUGGACUGCGAUCGGCACCGUUGCAGCCAUCCGCGUCCGGCGCAAGUCAGAUCGUCACCUUGUCGCCCUUCUCGGAGCGGAGCAGCAGCAUCGCCGGAAGCAGGGCGCGUGUGGGAUCGUCUGCAUUCGAUCCGCUGCCUGCUCGGCCUGGCAUGCGACGACGUUCUGCAACGACGACGUCUCUGAUCACAUCGAGUCGCAUCAUGCCUGCCGAAGUGCUGGACGAAGCGCUUGUCACGAGCGCGCUGGACGACGAGGAGGAUCGCAUGGAUGAGCUGCACCCGUCGCGCACGCUGGAGAGUCUGCGUGGACGUGAUGGCUCAGGCAUGGACGGUUUGGCGGGGGACGAAGACGGGGAGGAGGACGAGGAUCAGGUGGAUGUGGAAGAGGUGGAGGUGGUGGGAGCGGAUCUGCAUGAUGAAGAUGGCGAUGACGAGUUCUUGGAUGGGGUCGACAGCAACGGAGGGGAUAGUGAAGCUGGACAUACGGCGAUGAACAUGCAUCACGGGCAGUUCAGCGGAAGUGACGAUGCCGAGGGAGAUGCGGUGGACGCCGAGAGUUCUUGGCACUUUGCCAUUCGCUUCUUUCUCACUCACCACCAUCUUGACUUCCGCUGUCUUCACGGCCGGACUUGCAUCAUGUACAUCUACGACCUGCCUACGACAGGCACCAUCUCAUUCAGCGACUUUCUCGUCACCACCGACCUCGUUUCGCAGGUAUCGCAGACCACGCAGUUGCGCGCACGGUUGCGCGCCGUGCUCAAGGAGAAUCGCGCCGGUACGUCGUCCACCGCUGUCAAGGAUGGCUCUUCCAGCAGCGAUAUUCGGAGCACCUCGAGCGGCGGUGGAAGCAAGAAAGGGGAUGAUGCGUUCAGCAGCGUGGGUGGUGCAUCGGCGGCAGCGGCGGCGGGGGGGAAUACUAGCGACUGGUUGACGAUCGUCAAGACGAUCGAAGAGUAUCUGCCGCACAUGCUCGCCGUGUUCAACUGCGUUCAGACCGACGAUCUCAUCCUCCGCUACGAACCGGUCUUCUCGUGGCGCACUUCGAUUUCAGGAACACGUUUCCGCGGUCCCCAACGAGUCGAUCUAUCGGGAUUGUACUACGAACUCGCCUCUGUGCUUCUCACGUACGCCCUGACUCUGUCGAACUUUGCCGCUGCCACCGUCGCCUCGCUCGGAUCGUUCGAACGCGACCGUUCCCUCUCCUCCGACGCCCGCAAGCUCAAGGACGACCGUCUCCGCUGGGCGGCAGACACCCUCUGUCGAUCCGCCGGAAUCCUUCUGUAUCUCUCCACCGACCUGCUACCCAAAUGGAGCGAUCAAGUCGGCAGAGUCGAGGGCUUGCCACCGGACCUCACGACAGAAGCGACGCUGGCGUUGAGCAAAGUGUGUUUGGCCGAGGCGCAGGCACUGGCGAUACGCAAGCUGGUGAGCCCGAGUGUGGGCAGGGCGGUGGAUACGGUGACGCCGGGACCUCCUUUAGCUAAAGACCAUCCGAGUGCGAGUCUGUUGGCCAAGCUGCAUCUGAGUGUGGUGGAGGAGAUGGAGAGUGCGGUGGGGUUGCUGCGGACGGUAGGCGAGAAGGGGAAGGUCAAGAGAGGUGGGGGUGGGAGGGAGAUGGGGUUGAGUGCCAACCACGAGCAUGAUUUGGCGAGGCGUGUGAGUGCCAGCCGAGAUCGAAGGGACGACGACAACGAGGAUGCGGCGGUGGACGGUAAGGGGGAGGGUAAGAAGAAGUUCUUCAGCAAGUUCAAGAUCGGCAAGGAAACGCAGCCGAAACACAGCGGUCCCCACGACAUCCACCCUUCCAACCUGAACUCUUCCACGAACCACCUCGAUCCCGACCUCGAUAUUUCGUCCAACCUGCUCCGCUACCUCUCCUUCUCCACCACGUUGCACCGGAGCAUGGCGUACAAAUGGCUCGCCAUCGAUCACGGCGAGUCCUCGUCUCACUUCGGAACUGCGAUCGCGUAUCUCUCCCUCUCCUCCUCCCUCCUCUCCUCCGCCCCGCUCAAGGACGCGUCCCUGGCGAACAUCGUCUCCUCCUCCUCUUCAUCCCUCUUAAAGUCGAAAAAGACGUUUGUGGAGCAAGAGCUGGCGACGGUCGAUCACUGGCUGGGGUCGUACCGAAAGCUGAACGAUACAGUGGCGUUCCAACCGGUAGCAGGGGUGGAGGAGGUGUUGGCCAAGGUUCCAAUGGGGAGGGCGGCGUUGGGGGUCAAGCGGAAUGUGUCUGAGAAGUCUGUGUUCGAUCGAAAAUGUGCUCAAAAGUUGGGCAAUCGAAGGACGAUGUGA